AUGAUGCUAUACAAAAUAGUCGUUCUUGGAGAUGGAGGCGUUGGAAAGACGGCACUUACAAUUCAAGUUAGUCAAAAUAGCUUUAUAUUUUUAAAAAUUCUAAGCUUAAUGUUAAUUGGUUAUUUGGCGUUCUUAAUUAUAGUUAUGUCUAAACCACUUUGUUGGGAUGGUGAAGGUUUCUUACUCGUAUAUUCUAUAUCUUCAAGAUCAACAUUUGAGCGAGUAGAACGAUUUCAUGAUGAAAUUAUACGUGUAAAAGACAAUGAACCUGUUCCACUUAUGCUUACUGGUAACAAGUGUGACAUAAUAACUGGACGUGAAGUUUCAAGAGAAGAAGGGAUGAAUAUGGCAAGAAGACUCAAAUGCGAUUUUAUUGAAAGUUCAGCAAAAACAUGCGUGAAUGUGGAAAGAUCAUUUUAUGGUGUGGUUAAAAUGAUAAGACAGAAUAGAGAAGGAG